AUGACCAUCACUUACACAAACCAGGUGGCUAACGCCCGCUUGGGCUCUUUCUCACGCCUGCUGCUGUGCUGGCGAGGCAGCAUCUACAAGCUGCUCUACGGCGAGUUCCUUAUCUUCCUGCUCUGCUACUACACCAUCCGCUUCGUCUAUAGGCUGGCCCUCACCGAGGAACAGCAGCUGUUAUUUGAGAAGCUGGCUCUGUAUUGCGACAGCUACAUUCAGCUCAUCCCCGUUUCCUUCGUGCUGGGUUUCUAUGUGACGCUGGUCGUGACCCGCUGGUGGAACCAGUACGAGAACGUGCCAUGGCUCGAUCGUCUCAUGAGCCAGGUGUCAGGCUUCGUGGAGGGCAAGGACGAGCAUGGCCGGCUGCUGCGGCGCACACUCAUCCGCUAUGCCAACCUAGGCAACGUGCUCAUCCUUCGCAGCGUCAGCACUGCGGUCUACAAGCGCUUUCCCAGCCUCCAGCACCUGGUGCAAGCAGGCUUCAUGACUCCUGCAGAAUACAAGCAGUUGGAGAAGUUGAGCCUACCGCACAACAUGUUCUGGGUGCCCUGGGUGUGGUUUGCCAACCUGUCAACGAAGGCCUGGAUCAAAGGUCGGAUUCGGGACCCUAUCCUGCUCCAGAGCCUGCUGAAUGAGAUGAGUGCCUUGCGAACUCAGUGUGGACACCUGUAUGCUUAUGACUGGAUCAGUAUCCCAUUGGUAUACACGCAGGUGGUGACCGUGGCAGUGUACAGCUUCUUCCUGGCUUGCCUGGUUGGGCGGCAGUUUCUGAAUCCAGCUAAGGCUUACCCAGGCCACCAGAUGGACCUUGUUGUGCCUGUCUACACAUUCCUGCAGUUCUUUUUCUACAUGGGCUGGCUGAAGGUGGCAGAGCAGCUCAUCAACCCCUUUGGAGAGGAUGAUGAUGAUUUUGAAACCAAUUGGAUCAUCGACAGGAACUUGCAGGUGUCCCUGUUGUCUGUGGAUGAGAUGCACCAAGAUCUGCCUCCCAUGGAACGAGACAUGUACUGGAAUGAGACAGAACCUCAUCCUCCCUACACAGCUGCUUCUGCCCAGAGCCAUCGACCUUCCUUUCUGGGCUCCACCUUCAACAUCAGUCUGCAGAAAGAAGAGAUGGAGUUUCAGCCAAAUCAGGAGGAGGAGGAAUACACUCACACUGACAUCAUUGGCCGCUUUCUAGGGCUGCAAUCCCAUGACCACCAUCCUCUCAGGAUAGACUCCAAGACCAAACUACUAAGGUCCAAGAAAGAAUUGUACUUUGAGGGACAGCCCAUGAACACCAAGCAGAAUCCUAGGGGCCAGGAAGACAGUAAGGUCUGGAAACUUAAGGGGGUAGAAGCCUUCAAGGCUGCACAACUAUAUGAGAGACCAGGCUACCACAGUGCCCCACAGACGCCCCUCAGCCACACUCCCAUGAUUUUUCCCCCAGAGCAGUCAGCACCCUCAAGGCUUCACGAUGUUCCAGGUGAGGGAGCCUCCAUGGAACACCUAGAAGUAGGUCAUGUGAGAAGGAAAACUGUGGAAUUUAACCUGAGAAAUAUGCCAGAGAUUCCCAAAGAUCAUUUCAGAGAAUCACAUAUGGAACAAUCGCCAAGAAAUAGACCCACUAUACUCAAAGAUCAUGCAGAUCCCUACUGGGCUUUGGAAAACAGGUUUGUCCACCCAAACCAGGGUCAUUCCAUUUCCUUGUGUGACCCCUUUCCUGCCCCAUCUUCCUUUGCUCUGAGCCUACCCUUCCUCCACAAUUUCCCAUGGUUCAAUUACUGGAUGAAGCUUGUGCCUAAGCUGAGGGGUGCUUCACUGCCUGGUUCUCGCCUGCCUGUAUGCCAGUGGUACACUGCCUACACUGGAGAGUACGUUCAACAGUCUGAAUUAAACGGUCGGCUUAAUGAAUAA